GCAUUGAAUGAGCAACUCGGUUCUUUUUCUAUUUCAAAUGCAGCGAUUUUUGCAUCUUUAAUUAUCCCAUUCUGGUAAUCUUUCCAACAAUGCGAUAUCUUGUCAAUGCCGCGAAUUCAGCCGUCCUUAGUACGGCAUGCUAAACGCCUCUCGCCGUACCUUGCAAGCCUUCUCCCAGCCUGCCGAGAUCUAGAAUCCGCCCGAAAUGAGUUGCGAUGGAUAAAGAGCCAUGUUGACGAGACGUGGGUGCAUCGGAAAGCAUGGCACUUAGAGCAAUUGUGCCUGAAACCGAAGCAUACACUUUUCACCUGGUAGAUCUCAUCAAAUCGGGCGAGUUGCUUGGCAAAGAAUGGAAGAAGGGCAGAAGGGGUCUUAAUUUGAUCGAUUUCUGCUCGGGAACUGGUUGCAUCCCGCUCGGCUUGUUCUCGUCUCUCUGGCGCUCAGUUGCACAUUUGCGUGUAACAGGCGUGGAUAUCUCGCCGAUAGCCUCGAAGCUUGCAAAUGAGAACAUUGCUCGCAAUAUUAGGCUUGGUAACCUACCUCAGCCGAAUGAGAAGCAAAACCUCAAAAUUGCAAGGGGGGACGUCUUUAGCGAUAGUGAUAUGCAACAGCUUGCAGAUACUCGCUGGGAUGUUCUUGUCUCCAACCCGCCAUACAUCUCAAACGAUGUCUGGAACCACGGCCGCGGACAGCUUGGAUUAUCGGUCCGCAAGUAUGAGCCACGUCUUGCUUUGGUUCCUGACGGCAACCUCCCUUGCCCGGCGGAGUGCGAUCCAGCCGAUGUCUUCUACUCUCGGCUUUUGGAUGUUGCGACCAUCUUAAAGCCGAAGGUGAUGCUUUUGGAAAUUGGCGAUGAGAAUCAGGCCCGUCGCGUCCUGCAGCUUUACUUUGCCCAUUCGACCGCCAAGAAUUCCCGAGCCGAGAUUUGGCGAGACUGGCCGGAUUUAGAGAGCUCGGAGGAACUGAGCCCUUUUGUGGAUAUUAUAACAUCAGAGGGAGAUAUUCGGCGGGUUCCAGUAAAAGGAGAUGGCCUCAUUCGAUCAAUCCUAAUCAAGAGUUUAGAUGGAAAACAAUAG